GGCGAAGACAGUAGACUGGCUGUCGAAAGCUCAUAUUUUUAAUAAUUUUUACCAGAGAACGCUUGUUCAAUUGUAUUAUGAUCAAUCCUGGUAACGGAUCCUCGAUAUUUUUGAGCAUUUUAAUUAUUUCUAUAUAACAUUACUGUAGCCAGUUUGUUUCGCUCAGAAUACGAAAAUAAAGAAACAGAAACUCGCCAACUAGAAAUGAACGAGAAGGCAGCAUCCUACUCCAAGAGGUAAAUUUGACACUAAAUGAAGAUUGGUGAUCCACAAUCCAUCAUUCGGUGGUCCAGUACACUGUGGCACCCUCCCGACCCAGUCUCUCAGCAAUAUAAUGACUUUUGAUCCUCCAGCUGAUUGAUUCGAUUCGCAAAACUUAAUCGCGUGUAGUGUUCGACUGAUAAAGUGCGUUAGUUGACGAUGGAUGUCGAAUUUAACCUAUCAUUCUAGAGCGUUUGAUUCUUAAAUAUUGCGACGAUGGAUUCAGAUUUGAAUGUCGACUUACAUCUUCAAUACGAUUAUCUGUUCAAAGUGCUUAUGAUCGGAGAUUCUGGCGUGGGAAAGUCGUGCCUUCUUCUUCGUUACGUCGAUUUCGCCCACAGAGAAGCUUACCUCAAUACGAUUGGCGUAGAUUUCAAAAUAAAAACGAUCAAACUCGAUGGGAAAAGGAUUCGUCUUCAAGUCUGGGAUACCGCUGGUCAGGAAAGAUUUAAAACAAUAACAUCGUCAUACUAUAGGGGAGCUCAUGGAGUGAUGAUAGUGUAUGAUAUAGCAAGAAAAGAAACGUUUUCAAACCUCAACAAAUGGCUAAAUGAGGUAGAGAUGUAUGCCAAUGAGGGCGUAUUGAUGAUUCUGGUUGGCAACAAGACAGAUCUUGAUUCACACCGUCAAGUUUCUGCGGAGAGUGGAGCCGAGUGGGCGGCACUUAAUGAUAUGCCUUUCAUAGAGACUAGUGCGAAAAAUUCUGUGAAUGUCACAGAGGCAUUUACAAUGCUGGCAGAGCUGGUUAAUAAACACGUUAAAGAUAACCAUGCAGAACAAAGGGCAUUUGUAUUGGGAGAUAGCAUGGAUCAGCGUCGUACAGGAGAGGGAAGUGAAAAAGAAAAGUGUGGGUGCAGUAAUUAGAGUCUAAAUUUAAACAAUUACAAGAGUGAUACAGCCAUGACUGGAUAACAGAGUCUCCCAUUUUUGUUGGUGACAAUCAUAAUUUUCACUGCCACUUAUGUCUUUUACCACUGGCAAAAUGAUAGUGAGGUCUAAUGACCAAAUUUAUUUGAAGAGGAGAGCUGAUCAGAGGCAGUCACUGGCGAGAGAAAAUUAACAAGAGUGAUGAGGAUGUGCAUGCAUGUGGUCAGCUGAUAAAGACCAAGUAAUCUUCAUCAUAGAAAGGUGGCUUUUAUAGGCAUUAAUUUUUGCUGUUUGCUGAUGAAUGUACUUUCAAGUUAUUUUUUUAUGUAAGGUAUUAAAAGCUUUCAUUGUUUAGAAUCAGAUUUACAAAUUCCCUCCAGAGUGUUGGUUUGGUGACUGUAGGUUUUAUUAAUACUAACCUCACACCUGGAAGUUGGCAUUCCAUGUUAAAGGUAGCCAUGGUGCUAGUCUUAAAAUUUCAGCAAAAAAAGAAAUGAUGUAAUAUGUUCCUUUAAAAGGUGAUCUUGGCAUGGCUCCAGCUCUGUUAUUAUCCCAUAAAGAAUAUUCUAAAGCAGAGAAAGAGGAGUUACAUCAUCUUAUUAAUUGAAGAUAAACAAAUUCAUUUGUCUUUGAAUAUUAAUGCUUUCAUCAGGGAAGAAUGUUUGUAGAUUUCACGAUGAUCGAUCUUAAACCAACAAUGCAGUAUGAAGGCAGUGCUUUAGUUCUCUGUAUGCAAGCCCAAAAGAUACCUUAUUGGGUAAAAUAAAAAAGUUGGCAUUCUUUCUCAAAAAGUAACAUUUACUUCCCUUAAUGAAAGGGACAAUGAGCAGCCUCGCACCUUUCACAUGGAAGUCUCUACUAGGGCAGCUGUUCCGGGGCCUUCACAUCGUUAAAUUUAGGUAAUGUUAUAGUUAAUCAGGGACUUAAAAGUUUGUUUGGUAACAUCCUCCAUGGCAAUCGUAUGUGUACUUGCAGAUUGAAAUGUUUUAGAAACAAAAUAUUAAAAGUCCAAAAUAAAAGACAGGACCUAAUAAGAAAGAAUUGGAAUGGAAUUAUGAAAUAAAUACAAUUUGUUUUUCACAGCUCUAAACUAUUGUAUGUCUCAAUUCCCAAUGUUUUAAUGAUAUUUUACUCAAGAAAUUCAAAUACUAUUAAGUGAGUGUACAGCGUUGAGAAAACAGUACACUGUACAUCUGUUUUUUAUCCUGAUGUGAUUAUUUUGUGCUAUCUACAGAACCCAGAUUUUGCAAACUAUUAUUGAUCAACAUACACUGUAAUAAAAAUAAAAUCUAUGAAACUUGUUAAUUUGAAGUGUACAGUUACAGAGGAAACUUAACUUUGAAGUUAUAUGAAUGAUAAGUUGCAUGUCUACAUAAACACAACUGUGGAUAAUCAAGUGUGAAUUGUCCCACUUAUUAUCUAAACAAUAAACAAAUUACACAAUAUUGCA